AUGGAGCUGUACCUCAGCGCCUGUUCGAAGGCGGCCAACGUCGCCGCCGCCAAGACGGCCGCCAGUAGCCUCGCCGCAGAUACCCAGCAGUGCGGAGAUGGUGCGCACAAAACCCACUUUCCCGGCGUGGGAGCUGCUCAACUACUGGAUCUGCCUCUUGGGGUGAAGCUGCCUGUGAUCCCUGGAAGUGACACUGUGUUCUUUACCACAAAUAUAAGUGAAAAGCUUUUUCGACCUUCUUAUGGUUUUAACCUGACUGAUCCUUAUUGCCGACUAUUUGAAAACCAAUAUAAAAGUCUCCAUGAUCCACAUUUAAGAGCAUACUAUAAACGCAAAGAUAUCUUGAGAAGAUUAAAGAAAGGUGGCUAUAUCACCAGCAAUAAUAAAAUUGUAUGUACCUUGAGGGAAUUGAAUAAGUACAGGCAAUAUCUUACCAGUUUAAAAUUGGAUUUUGAAAGAAACUAUAUUAGAGAACAAAAAAUGCUUGCAAAACAGUUACAUAAACUACAAGAAAGUCAAAUCCCUGGAUGUUCUGGUAUUACACACUUCCAAAAUUGGUUGUUACAAGAAGGCCCCCAAUCUGUUAAGGACCGGGAGCGUUCAAUAAGGCACAGAUACUUGGAUAUGAUAAGUAGGGAACUGGAACAACGUGAGCGCACAGCAGAAGAGCAACGCCUGCUUCGGAUGGAUAGAGAAGAAAGACAACAGCGGGAACAUACAAGAAGAAAAUUAAGUCUUCGAAGAAAAAUUGAAGAGGAAUGGAAGAUAAAAGAGAUGCUGCUUCUGACACGAAUUGAAGAAGAUGUUAAAAGGGAGCAGAGGAUAGAAGAACAACGACGAAAAACCAGAGAAGAGAGUGACAGGAAGAAGCAAGCCCUUCUAGAGAAAAAAAUGGCUUAUCAUUUACAAAAAAUGCAAGAAACUGGUUUUAAAGAAGAAGAUACAGGGAAAAGUACAUUUGAAUAUAGAGGACAAGAUGGAACACUUGCAUCUCCAAAGAAGAAAAAGAAAAAUUCUGAUGAUAUAAAGUUACUGUUUCCUGCUGAUGACCAGAAAAUAUAUAAAGAAGUAUAUGGACAAGCAAAUGCUGCUUACCAUUCUCAAAGUAGUUCUAAGACUGUUGUAAAAAAAUCAACUUCAGUUGUUGUUCCACCAGAUGUACAGGAUAAUGAUACAGAAAAAAAGCUAACUAAAAAAUCAAGUAUUUUUGAUGCUAGAGGAGCUAUAAACAUGUCUACUCAAGAAUCAGUCAUUACAGCUCAAACAUCACCCACAAAAAAUUUUCCUAGAUCUUCACAGUCCCUUUUGGAUCCUCAAAAAGGAGAGAAACGUACAAAUGUUGAUUGGAAUGGAAGAACAACCAAGAGAUCAAGCUACCUCUGUGAAUCAGGACCUCAGACUCACGAUACAGCCCCAGGCAUUUUUUCUACUCCUGUGUACUCAAACAUGCAACAGAAUAUCCUACAAAAUUGCUUGCAAGAAAAAGUAACUUCUGAAGAACUGUAUAGUAUAAUUCAGAAUAUCAUGACCUGGGUUGUGGCUACAGUGACCAGUAUAUUAUACCCAGCAAUCACCAAGUAUGAAGAAAGGUUGCAAAAUAACACAUAUCCGGUGUCUGAUGACUCAGUCCUCUCUUCAGAUAGUUCAAGUUUCUGCAGCACAUGCAGUGAAGAGUUUACAUAUGGAAACUACACAUCUGCAGCAACUAAAACAUUUCAGACCGAGCCUUGCACAUUUGAACUUGAUAUGUCAGUAAGGAGACCAACCACACCUUUCAAACCUCCUUCUGCCCAUGUAGAAAGAACAGUUGUGGGGACAACAUACCAUAGGACAGGACAAUCUAUAACCUCUGAACUCAAGUACAACAGGGCCAGUUUGGUGUAUUCAUUCCCUAACCUCAGAAGUUGUAAAUCUGAUAGUCAUCUUUUAGUCUCAUUUGAAUCAGCCCCAAAAAAGUCUAAGGAUGCUACCACUGAAACAGAUGGCUUAAUCAGUCCAUUGUUUUGUGAUCAAAAAACAAAAGCUGUGGAUGAGAUGAAGAAUUUAAAGAAUGUCUUUGUUGAUUUUAAAUGUCACUUGAAAGGAGAAACUGAAUUGAUUUUAGGAAGUAUUUUUCAAGAAAUAAUGUCUGAUUUAACCCAGGCCAUUCCCUCUCUCUCCUCUGUUACUGCUGAAGUUUUUGUUGACCAAGAUGAGUCUGAAAAAGAAGACCUACUCUCCAGUGUCGAUAUCUGCUCAGUUGCUUCUGAGAUUGUGGAAAAUAUGCUUGAGAAGUUAGAGUCUGCAGUUGAAAAAAAAUGUGUUGAGAUAUGUUCACAAGAAGAUUUGUCUGUCAACAUUUCACCAAGAUUAACAGCCAGUGAGGAAUAUUUUAUGUCAUCAAAUGGAAAACCUUUAGAAGCUUCUCUGCCUUAUACUUUGGAACCCAUGAGUGACAUUGCAGAAGAUAUGGUGCAAGCCAUUUUAGAGAAGCUGAUGUCUCUUGCAUCUUGCAAGCAAAACGAACUUUUUCAUCUUGAAGACACAAGCAGUCUUUCCAAUCAGCAGCCUAAGAAAGAUCCAACUGGUAUGUUCCUUCAAAGCGAGAGCAGCAAUAAAUGUAGCCCUCAACCUGAAACAGCUAAUUUAAUUGUGAAAGAAGAAAUACAGGGUUUAAUAUCACAUGUUUUUUCCCAGUCAUCUUUAGUUGGUCAUAUAAAAGAAGCAAUCAGCAUUAUACUAGGUUAUGUACAAACUGAACUCAAUAAUGAGAGAUUAAUUGCAUCUGAAGAAACAGUAGUGCUCCUUCAGCUACUCGAUGGUGUCUUCUCCCAACUCCGUGAGGAGUCAGUGGGAGCUGAUGUUCCAAAAAGUAAACAAGCUACAGAGAGAAUUCCUCCUGUUAUUGAAGAAAAAUACAGAUUCACUGGCACUAGGUUAUCUAAUGGUCCCAGGUCUAGAAGAUCAUUUCCACCUGUUAAUGUUCCAGGCAUGGUACUUUAUUCUGAAGAUGAUAAUGAAGAAAUAAACAAAAUUGUGAAAAAUGCUCUUGAUUCAUCUUUCAGAGAUGAAAAAGAAAAAUCUCAAGAAAAGACUCCUAAUCAUUGGUUUACAAAAGAAAACACUUGUUUUGAACACAAAAAAAAUAUUAAAGUAUCUAGAAAGCCUACCUCUCAAAGCAAAAUUGCAUUACAUGAUUGGGGAUUAAAUACUGAGCCACAAUCUCUUAAUAAUGAAGACAUUUUAAAGGAAAACUCCUGCUUGCAUAAAGAUAUUUAUGUUUUCAGCCAAAAUCAAAUGUAUCAAAUACAAAUGGCUUCAGAAAACAUAGUUAAAAAUAUUUUAACAGAAAUGAUCAAGGGCUUAUCUCCUGUUCCUUCUGGUCGCUUAGGCUGCAGAACUAGCAAAGAAGAUUCAGUUUUUAUUUCAGAAAAAUCUCAAGGAUCAUCACAUCAAGAACGGAUGGACCAGAUGUUCUCUGUGUCAGAAAUUAGUUCUGUGGCUCAGGAAAUAACAGAUGCAGUGCUAAAUAUACUUCAUAAGGAAUCAAGCUACAUUCCCAAUACUGCUUCAUCAUCAGUUCAUCAAACUGUUGUAGAUAAUUCUGAUACUUCCCACAUAGUCAAAGACAUGCCAAAUAAAAAGCCAUUAAAUAUAUGGUUUGACAGUGAAAAGAAAAUGAAAUAUUUGUCUUCAAUCAACAUAGAUCCUGCAAGAACUUCCGGGUUAAAAUCUGGAGAAAGUGAUCCUAAACCUGUAGAUGACAUUAUUGAUAAGAUCAUUAAUACAAUUUUUAAAAGGCUGAAGGUAUUUAUUUGCCCAAAAUUGCAAAUGCACUUCAAACCUUCACUUGCAAAGCAUUCUUCAUUACAGAAUCAUCUUAGUACUUACACAACUAAAGUAGUACACAUUGUUUUACGUGCUAUCCAGAAUGAACUGGAACGCAAUAAAAAAGCCUUAAAUCUUAAAGAGAUAGACCAUAACAAAACCCUCCCAUGUAGAGGAUUUUUUGUUAAAACUGAUAAGAAAUCAGGAUCUCUUGUCACAAAUCUUAGUGAUAAUGUUAUGGGAAGUCCAUUACUAACUUUAAUUUGUGAGAUUUUACUAAGUGGAAAUGAAGGUCAAGAAAAUACUUCACUCCCUUCUGAAAAGGCAAGGGCAGAAACUUCAUGUGAACUUCACAGUGCUGAUAAGCAAAACAGUUUUCCAAGUAGUCAGAAUAAGAAAUCUUUGCAAAAACAUUUGGAUACUCCAUGUACUCUCCAGAGUGUCAAUAAUAGAAGUGAUCUCAAAAAGAAAGCCAAAUUGCAAGUUUUAGAUAGAAUUGGAGAAACACUACAUGAAAUGUUAAGCAAACUCACAGGAGCCCAUUCUCAGUCUCAGCCAUCUUGUAGUCAGCAAAACAGAGAGAAGACAAACAGUGACCGGCAAAUGGCUACUACAUUGCAAUCUAAGAUUGAGCUGAUUUCCAAAUCAAUUUUAGAAUACAUCCUUGCAAAAUUAUGUUGUUUUGACAUGGAUACCAGUUUUGCAAGUUCUGGAUCUAAAUCUGUCUCAGAGUCUCUAGAUAUUGACAGUCUAUCAUUUGCUUCAGUUAUUGAGGAAAUGACCAAGUGUACCAGCAUAAUUUCCAGAAUGAUCCAGGAUGAUGAUAAUCAAGAGGUAACUAAAAUCAAGGCAAAAACUAUUUCUCCCAUGUUUUUGAAAACAGGGAGUAAAGAAGACAUACACCCAAACAAACUGAAAGCUAUAGCUUCAGAUAUUCUUAAUACAGUUUUUGCUAAACUAGAAGGAUUUGCCAAUGGAAAUUUAGAAUCUGUGGGUGCUAUCAAUGAAGACAAUAAAAGAAAUAAUAAUAUGAAGUGGGAACGGGAAAGUCAUAGUGUUUUCACAGAUACUCAUGAAGAACCACUACAUUCUGUUUUAUACAUGCAUGCAAAAAAGGUAUCAAGUGCUAUUUUGAAGGCUAUUCAAACAGAAUUAAAUAUGAACCCUUCAGAUUUGAAGACAAGUGUAAAGACUUCACCACCUGAGACACAAGUGCUUAAGAAUAUAGUAAAUUUAAUUUUAGAUGCAGUCUCCUCAAAUAUGUUUAAUGAAACUGAAUCCAAGGAGCAAGACAUGGAAACUUACCGUUACAGGCCAUCUUGUGGAAAUCUUCCUGGAGGAGCUGAAUCAGAUUCAUUUCUGGAUGAUGAUACACAUAGAGAGAAAGAAUUUAUUAGAGACAAAGCAUUAGUAAGAGAAGAAACUAACUCCCAUACUCUUGAACAACGGGUUCUAGAAAGAACCUUAAACAAAAUUGAGGUGAAAUUUAAAGAAACACAUAAAUCUCCAGUUGUUCCCAUUAUAAGAAAUAUCUUGAAUGAAAUUUUUCAAAAUGCUUUAAUCAAGCAAUUAAACUUGCAUGGCAUGCCUCACAAUGUUCUUGAGCCAAUUGCUCAAACAUCUGUUCAAUUUACAGGUAAUAUGAUGAAUCCUUUAGUGUCUGAAAAAGAUGUGACCAUAGUGGCAAAUGAUGUUGUUAGAAUUGUUUUUCAUAAACUUUAUUCAGCUGUUAUGGUAGAAAGAAAUAUAAGAGAAAAUAAGUAUAAAGCCAUUACUUCUUCAACAAAUGUUUCUUUUCAAAAGCACACCUAUGGAGGAAAGUCCUCUGUUCCUAUGUUGGACAGAAACCCAUGUACUUUUCAAUCAAGAUUCAGUGUUGACAAACAAGUUAAUUUAAAUGUAACUGAAGACAUUGUACAGGCAAUAUUGACAAAUUUGGAAACUUUUGCUACUUCCAAAGUAGAAUCUCUCUUUUUCUCUCAAGUCUGCACCAUAGUUCCAGUGGCUUUACCUAACCAGCAAGAGAAAAGUACAUUUAGCAGAUCAUUAUCAGCCAAAGAUUCAUAUUAUGAUGAACAAUUUUCCUAUGGCUCAAUGAAUCAUAUUAAGUCGGGAAAGACCAAUUCGUUGUGCCAAUUGCCUUUGUCAAAAUUAAAUACAUAUGCAACAGAAGUGGCUAAAAAGAUUUUACAAGGAAUCAAACAUGAAUUAGAUAAAGAAAGGGAAAGUCCUUCUUUAACACAUAAUAUUGUGGGUUCUGAAAGUAUUACAAGUCAGGUUGUUAACUCAGUGUUAAGUAUUGUGUCAUGUAAAAGCAAAUGUAACAAAAACAAUUCUAAUAAACAGAAUAAUUCAGAUCAGCAGGAAAGUAUUAUUAAAAAGCUGUUCAAUAAAACUGAAUAUCAAAAAGCACUUCAGAUUCAAAUACAAGAUACUGUUGAAGACAUGAUAUGUGAUAUUUAUGAAAAAAUACUGCAUCAGAAUAAUCUCCCGUUUCCUGCAUCCACUCUGAAAUGUAGCAUAGCUGGUGAACAUUCAGAAACAGAUUCUACAAUGUUCAUUGAAGAGACAAAGAAUAUUAUUCCCAAGUUUUCAGUUCCUAAAUCAGAUGCUAUUUUGCUAGCUACUGAUAUAGUCAAUAUUGUUCUUCAUAGUCUUAGUUCUGCUUUCAUGCUUGGCAUAAAUACAAAACAUCUUAGUUCUGCGAGAUGGCCCAUGACCAUCUGUGAUACAUUUCCAAAAGCAGGUGAACAUCAUGUACUUAUGGGGCCAAAAAGUGAAAGAAAAACAGAAUAUUUUCUGUAUUCAAGAAAUAAGAAAUCAACUUGUGCUAAUGAUAACCAGAUAAAUGUAGUGGAAGAAGAAGAAACCAAGAAAUAUCCCAACCCAUGUGAGGAAAAUGCCAACGUCCUUACUAAAACUAUUUCCAAUAGGUUACAGUUCUUUGCAACAGAAAAAAUAGGUUCAUUAAUUACUCUUGCUUUCCAGCCUAAGGGAAAAUCAGUUGUUAUCCCAGAAUUGGAAAAUUGCAGACAAGAUGGCAGCAGUUUUCAUGAAUCAAGCCAAGUGGAAUCUGAUGUGAAUAUACUGAAAAUAUCAACUGAACCUGUUCUCAGUCAACAGCUUAUAGAUUCUACUUUUGCCAAUUAUGGAGAAAAAAUUGGAUCCACAAUUAAUUUAUCACAAACUAGCCUUACAGAAUAUGCUGACUUCAUUGCCAGUGCUACUUUGAAGCUUAUUAAAAAUGACUUAGAAUUAGAAAUCCAAAAGAUGUACUCAUACCCAAACAAUAUUUCCUUCCAAGAAAACAUUAUUAUGAGUGAAAUUGUUGAUAAUAUCUUAAAGAUUUUGUAUGAUAAAAGGUCUGCAAAUGAAAUAUUGCUUGGAGACCAACAGAAGGAAAAAAACACCCAACUCUCUCUGCUUAGAAAGUAUCCAAUUGAACAAACCCAAAUGAAAUUAGAGAAAGAAAGGCAGAAAAUUGUUUUGGAAGACAUACUUAUGAAAAAUAGAGAAACGAAACAAAAAGAAAAAGCUCAGUUGCUUAGUGCAGUGGAAGAACUUUUGAGAAAGUUAGAUCAAAGAGUAAUACAAGCCCUAGGUCAUUUGCCUCCAUUUAAUGAAAUUCCACAUUUUAAUUCUAAAAUUAAGACAGAUAUAACACAAAACAACUUUUUUCAGAGUGGAGCAAAUGACAUAGUUGAAAGUGUUUUAGAGAAAAUAUACUCUAUAGUUGUGACAUUGUUAUAUGAAGAUACUAAAAGUAGAGGAGAAAUGGAAAUGCCUGAUAACAAUGAGAACUCAAAAUUGUUACCCUUAAGAGAAACCAAACAAAUAGGAAAAGCAAGUAACCCUGCUAGAUAUGUGGUAACACAGGUUUAUCCUUUAGCAGACAGUCAAAAGUUUUCUGUGUUUGGAAACACUUUUUGGCAAUAUUCACCAUCGCAAGUAGGGAAAGAUUUAGUACAAAUGGUUUUCAAUAAAAUCACGAAUUUUCUGUUACUUCAUCUAGAAGAGAGUUUGUCCCCUGAAGAUGGUUCUGAUGAGUCGCAACUUCCAGGGCUAAAUAACUCUAAGGUCAGCUGUAAGGGCAGCCCAAAGCCAAGUUUUAAAACUGGUUUAAAACCAAGAUCAAAAAUUUCUUCAUUGCCUAAGUGUAGAACCAGACAAAAUGUUGUGCAUGGUAGUGGUACUAAAAUCAAAAGCAAGACCAAGUUAAGUCCUGGAGAGAAGACCCUGAAAGAGAGUUGGUCCAAUAUUGCUGUUGGUCUGCCACACAUCCUAUCAACAGGAGAUGCCAAAAACUUACUUGAAGCAAAAUUGCCCACUUCAGAACUAAAAAUAUAUGCCAAGGAUAUAAUAAUUAAUAUUCUGGAAAAAAUUGUGGAAGAAUUUGAAAUGGUGAAACAAACUAGAGCAAUGGAGAAUAUAAAAGCUUUAAAAUCAGAUCAAAUCAUGGCAGCAAGUAAAAUAGUUAACACAGUUUUGCAAGAAUUACAUGCUUCAAAUAAUCACAAUGUGUCUCAUUCGGUCAAAUUGUCAUAUUCAGACCAUCUCAAAGUUUCACAGGGGAUCUUAGGUGCAGGGUCUCUGGCCAAACAACAGUCAUGUUUUUAUUUGGAAAAUGUUUCUUCACAGCUAGAACAGAUUUUCCCUAAAGACAGCAUAUUUAAAAAAAUGUUUGACAAAUGGCAAACAGAAUCAAAUGACAUGGAAAGUGAAAAAUACAAGCUACUGGUGAUAGCUGAAAAUGUUCUGACUGAAAUUUCAAUAAAGGCAAAAAAUUUAGAAUAUUCUCUUUCACUUUUAAAUUUGCCACCUUUUGAGGAUUGUGAAAGUGGGUUCUAUAAUCAUUAUAAAAGAGUUUCUUCUAGACCUGAGAAUGCUAAAGCACAAAUUAAUAUGCUUGGAAGGGAAAUUGUUGAAAUACUAUUUGAAAAAUUACAGUUGUGCUUUUUGUCCCAGAUGCCCACUGUGGAUAGCAAAGCAACUCUAACAAACAGGAAAGAGUACAUAACUGCUACCAGUAAACAUGGCUUUCCAACCACAGGCAUGCUCAGCAAUUUACCAACCUGUAACAUGAAGACAAAAGAUCAAACUUCUGUGGAUUCUAGCAACCAAAAUGUUAGAGAGAUUGUACAAAGGGUUUUAGAUAUUUUAGAGUCAUUUGUGGACUUGCAAUUUAAGCAUAUCUCUAAAUAUGAAUUCUCUGAAAUAGUGAAAAUGCCUAUAGAAAGCCUUACUCCUGUCCAACAGAGACUACUAAGCAAGAAGAUGUUGCCAAAAUUAGAACCACUAAAAAAGUUUUCUGAUGAAUCCAUGUCAAACAGUAUUGUUUCCAAAGAAAACAUUCAGGAUACCCUUCUAAAGGUUCAUUCGUUCCAUUCAGAAUUACUUACAUAUGCUGUCAAUAUUGUCAGUGACAUGCUUGGUACAAUUAAGAACAAACUAGACAAAGAAAUCAGCCAAUUGGAACCAUCUUCAAGUAGCAUAUUGAAAGAGAACACUGCAGCAAGUGAGAUCAUUGGCACACUAAUGGAACAGUGUACUCAUUUCAGUGAAUCUUUGAUCAAAAACCUUCCAAAGGAAAGUUUGUUCCAAGGAGUUGAGAAAGCCUACAUUGUUAACCAUGCUGAAUUAGCAACUAAUAUGAACAUGCCCACAUCGAAGAUAAAAGAAGCCAGUUUGGAAAAUAAUCCUCCUCAAAGGAGAAUCCCUAACUGCUUGUUUGAUUCAGAGGAAAAUAUGAAAAGCAAGUACAAGUUUCCGCCAAAUUUACUCUCAAAUGUCAGAUCCUCUGUAGAAGAUAAAAUUAAAAGCUCAGGGCCAGUGGAAAGGCCAGAUUCAAAAAUUAUGUCCUCGUGCUUUGGAAAUAAUACACAAAGCCCCCAGUCAAGAAAAUCAGUCACUGGCAAAUUUGAUGAGGUUGUUAAGAAAAACAGUUCAGCCUCUGAAGACAGUGUCUUACAAAAACUGUCCAGGAAAGCAAAUGACUCCACAGAAGCAGCAUUUAAACAAGUCAUGUCAUUCAUAGAAGUGGGAAAAGGUAAAAAUCCAAGAGUAUUUUAUUAUGAGACUCCCAAACCGUUUAUUGAGUCAAACCAAAUUCAAACAACUGUUUCUCCACUCAAAAUAUGUUUAGCUGCAGAAAAUAUUGUAAAUACUGUACUGUCAAACUAUGACUUUCCAAGUCAACUACACCCUAAUGAAAGCAUGGAAACGAUGAAACCAUUUUUCAUAUCAAAGCAAAGCCCUUUGACUAAAAUAUCGGGAGGACAAAAGAAUGAGGAGAUAAGUUUGCUUAGAAUGUGGAAUAAAAGAAUCAAUUUUAUGUUUAAAGAAGAAAAUCCUGAAGCCAGCACAGGAGAUUUUUCGUUAUUGCAAAAAUGGCAAAAUGGCCGGUACCCAAUGAAAGCAGAGACCCUGAAAGAAGUUGAAGUCAUUUCUUUUGUUGAUCAUGAACUAGGUCCUAAUGAAAUUCAUUUGGUAGCAAGACAUGUCACCACAUCAGUCGUCACACAUUUCAAGAACUUCAAAACUAGAGUUUCUCCUGAGGAGAAGACGUCUAUCGUUUCUACACUGUCAAAGAAAAAAUAUGAACAAAAACAGCCUCUAAGAAGCAUAUAUGGUGAUUCCUCAAUAUAUCAAUUUUGUGAACAUCUCACCAAGUCAGUAAUUUACCAUUUAACUUCCAGCAUUUCUGAUGACAUCAAAAAGGAUCAAGAGAAAGAGAAAGCAUGGAAAAGCCAAGAUGGAGCGUUUAACAAGAUUAUUUCAAUUCAUUCUUUCAUGUUUGGGAGCAGGUCCAUUUCUCUUGGAGAACUUGCUUUAAGUAUUUCUGAAAUCAUUAUUGAAAUCCUUUUUAAUGGUAACAUUAUAGAAGCUGAUAUUGCACAGCAAAUGAUUUCCAUAAAAACAAAAUACAUUUACUGUCCAGGAGUAGCUUCUGCUGAUUUUGAUAAUCUCUUUCAAGAUCUCUUAACAGGUGUGAUUCAUGUACUAUCCAAAGAAAUAGGAAUAAAUCAUCACUUUGAAAGCAGUGGAAGAAACCAAUCACUUUCUUCACUCAGAAGCAAUAGUGUGUCCAUUUGCAGCAAAACAAAUACAAUAGCAAGACAGACAGUUCCCAUAGAUUCUGAAUCAUCUACUCACCAAAUUGAUCAACUCAUUCAAAAAAAUAAAUUAAAUUACCUAGCACAAAAGUUAGACAGCCUGGCUUGUAGUCUAAAAACUCAUGAAUCCAAAGAAGUAGUCAAUAAAGUUUUUGAUAUUGUUUUAGAUUUAUUUAUGCCAGAUGAAUGCCCAGAUGGAGAUACAGAUUCUGAUAAAUUAGCAAAAACAUCUUUCCCUUCCCCGCAUAAUCAUAGCAAUCAAAGUAAUAGCUUAAGUAGAGGUAACCUGGGACUCUCUUCAAAAUCAGUUUUUCUUCUCAAUGUUAUUUGUGAGAAACUUACUAGAACACUUUUGGAAAAAUGCACAAGCACUGUUUUCCUGGAUAGUGGUUCUUCAUCUGAUGAAAUAUCAAAAGAAUGUCAGCUUUCAAAAAUACUUCAAAGUAUAGACGAUGGUGAAUUUGAUUAUUUUAAGGGAACAAUGGACUGUGAACAACUUCAAGGAGAUGACAUAUUAGGUCUUUGGGAAAAUCUGGCAGAAAUGAAUCAAAAUGUAUUGUCAUCAGAUUCUUUACUUACUAUUAUUUCCCACAGAUUGGUUAAAUCCUUGAUGGAGAAACUAUCUCAAAGUCUCCAACAAGCUCCUGAAAAUCUACCUUCUGCAAACAAUCACUUGAGCUAUAGAACAAAAGAAAUGAAGUCUAGUUUCACAAAAGCACAGGGACCAGAAUUAAUAGAAUCAGGACAAACUAAAGGUUCUUUAGGAUUCAUGAGUUAUGAUGGUAAUUAUCUGAAAGAACCCUUGGAAAAUCCUAUUACUGUUGGCUCCAAAACAAAAGAACCAUUUGGCAAACAAUAUACAGUGAAAUCUUCUUUUCUUAAAAGACAAGAAUCAAAGGAAAUAAAUGCAAUUGUCAUUACCAACAAGCUACAUCAAAGAGAUAUGAAUACCGGUGUUUUUUCAGCUACAUUUUUGGAGGAAAUAAUUUCAGAAUUGUUUUUUAAUCUCUCCAUCUCUUUGUGGGGAAAAUGCAACAAUAUCACUGAGGCUUGUCUCAAUGAGAUAAAUACAUUACUUGUCAACAAUGUAGUGACUGGGUUUAAUAAUGCGCAAGUCAGCGUUCUACGAAAUGAUGAAGAAAGGCUGUGUUUCCCACCAGUGAAAAAAGGAGCUAUUAACAAAAUUGUUGACUCAGUUUAUUAUGAUGUUUUACACCAAUAUGAAUUGAAAGUAACCUGUGGUAAUAAUAUGACAUGUGACAAUACCUCAUUAGCAGAACAAAUAACUAAUGGCAUAUUGUUAGAGAUUUUAGAUUACCAACUGCCAUCUUGCUUCAGAGAAAAGCUCCCAUUUCAAUCCUUUGACCCUCUCAAAGCUGAAAUUAUACUACAGAAGCUUCAAAACAACCUAAGAAAGUUUAUUUUUCAAACUAAGACUUCAGCAACCUAUAGCACUAUGUUAUCACAGUCAUUUUUAGAAGAUGUCAUCAGAAGACUUUUAUCUCAGAUCAUCCCCCCACUCAGUAAGGCUUCCUCUAUGGAAAAAAAAUAUCUAAGGAGUUCAGAUUUCAAUGAAAUGUCUGGAUGUAUAAUAAAUAAGGUUAUAUCAGCCAUUUCAAAACAUAAAAUUGGAUUCACUAUAUGUGAUAAUCAAUAUCUAUGCCUAGGAAAAAACCUUGAAAUAAUGGUCAAUUCUGUUUAUGGUAAUAUUUUGAAAAUGUAUGAAUCUCUUGUUUCAAUACAGAAAAGCAUAAUCAGCCGAAGUCCAAUUAUAGUAGACCAAAUCACCAGUUUUAUUAUCCAAGAGAUUAUUGACAAUCAUCUUCAGCCAUUUUUGGGUGGAGAGGUUUUACCCCGCCCAGCAUCUCCACUAGAUGAGGUAUCUCAUAUGGUUAAACAGGUUCUCAGUGAAGUCAUAAAGACAUACAGACCCCAGCAGCCACUACCCUUUAAUAUUCACCCUGAUUCAUUUGUAAGAAAGAUUGUUACCAGACUUCUAUCAAAAAUUUUCAGCCCAAAGCCUAACACUGAAGUUGAGUUAGAAGAAAUGGCCCAGAAAAUAGUAAACUUAAUAAAUAAUCAUUCUGAGAAGUCUAAAAUUCACAUUCUAUGUGAUGAAAAGGAACAAUCUUACCCCUCUAUAGAUUUAGAUAUUGUGGAUGAACUUGUCACCUCAGUUUAUAGAAAUGUUUUAAAACAGCUUGGGUUAGACGCUGACAUUGAUAAAGAGUUUAAAGAUAAUGAAGUCUUCCUGGAAAAUAUUGCCAAUUUGAUUGUAGCAAAUAUUUCAGAUUCCCUUCUUCACCCAUUCUUUUCUGGGGAUUUGUCAGCUUCUUCCUAUUCUAUUCCGAUGGUAGAGACUAUUGUUCAGGAUGUCAUUAGUAAUGUCAGCAAAUCUACCAAGCCAAACCAGAGUUCACCUCCGUAUAACACCUUGCUGCCAUACACAUUUUUAGAAGAUAUGAUCAAAGUGUUAUUGUCUAGAUUAUUUCCGUGUGAAUGUAGCAUGGUUUCAAACACAGAUGUUCCAAAAGACAUAUCAAGAGUGAAUUUCAAUGAGAUAGCUUCUAACCUAAUCAGUGAUAUUAGAAUGAAAAUUUCCCAGCAUGAAAUUCGAUUUUCAAAAGAUGAAGAAGAAAGCAAGUUUGUUUAUUCAGAAGAUGAUGUUCAGCAUCUUGUUGACUCCGUAUUUGAAAAUAUCUCACAAAACUCUGGCUCUCAAGAAUUAGCUGAGCAAAAUAUCAUAAGCAAUAAUGAUGCCCUUAUUGAUAGAAUAGCAGGUUUUAUCAUUAAAUAUAUUUGUCAAAAACAUCUUCUUCCAUUUUUGGAAGAAAAAUCAUUAUCUUCUUCACCAUACAUGCAGUUUGAUGAUGAACAAAGGCAAUUAUUUUAUGUUAGUGCUUAUUCUUCAGAUUUUUUGGAAGAUGUCAUCUGUGGGGCUUUAAGUAAAAUAUUCCACAGGGUAGUAGGCAUCGUACAAACAAAAUCAGGAAGACACUCUGAAGAUGAACUCUUUGAUAAAGCCGAACAACUCAUACACUUGAUAAUAGGGGAAUUCUCAAAAGCCCAAAUUAGCAUUGUAGAUAAUGCUGAAAAACAACUGUAUUUACCUCCAGUGGAGAAUGAUGUAUUAAAAAAAAUUAUUGACACAAUUUACAGUAAAGUUUUACAAGAAUAUGAAAUGGAAAAAAUACCUGGUAAAGAUUUUCUAAAUGAUACAAUGACAUUGGCUGCAAAAGUAACUAAAGUUAUCCUGGCUGAAAUUUUUGAUUUCCAAAUUCAUCCUGAUAUUAUAGAAAAUCUGCCUUUUAAAUCACAUUCCAAACUCAAUGCAAAUGCUUUGAUUAAGAGAGUUCAGCAUGAUAUUAGUAAAUCACUAUUUCGAAGAAAGGCUUCAACAAUAUAUACUACUAUGUUACCACAUACUCAUUUGGAAAAAAUAGUCACUCAGCUUAUAUCUCAGAUGAGUCCAUUUGACUCCAGUCUAGAACAUUCAGAUACUUCUCCAUCAGACUUAAAUAAAACAGUCAUAAAAUUGAUAACUGAAAUCAUGUCAAUAAUUUCAAAGCAUGCAAUAUGUAUUAUUAAACAUGGGAAUGAAAAACAAAAUACGAUUUCUGAAAAAGAUGUACAAUCUAUGAUUGAUUCCAUUUAUGCUGAUCUUUCUUACUCAAAUUUGUACCAGUCUCUUACAAAAGAUAAGAAAGGCAUAAGUAAUGUACCUGUUUCAAAAAUAGCAAGCUUUAUAAUAAAAGAAAUUUUUAACCAUCAUCUCCAGUCAUUUUUAUCUGGGGAUAAAACUCUCCUUUCAGCUUCAGUUGAUAGAACUUAUAAACAGAAAGAACUAGAUCCUAAACAAAGAAAAUCAUCUUUCAUUGUGAAUUCCGCUGUCUUUUUAGAGGAUGUAAUUUCUGAACUUUUAUGUAAAAUCCUUUAUGCAUUCACAAACAAUGUGUUGGCUGCUGAAAACCCAGAAAGAGCAAAAGCCAGAAUUACUGACAUUGUUACAACAUUAGUAAAAUCAAUUAUUCUGGAGUUUGACACAUCAGAGAUUUUGGUUGCGGAUAGCAUUGAUGAGAAUUUGUAUUUCUCAGAGUGCUAUAAAGAAAUGGUUCAGAAAACAGUAAACAUAAUUUAUGAAAAAAUAUUAGGUGAAUAUAAAUCUCUGAUUCAAGUAUAUAAGGCUAUACAAAGUGACACUAACUCUUUUGGAAAGAAAAUAUAUAACUUACUAUUGGAAGAAAUUUAUGAUUAUCAGAUGCAGUCAUUAAUUUCAGGAGAAUUACUGUCUUCUUCCUACUCUUCCCUUCGAGCUGAUAAUAUCAUCAGAAAUGUGCUCAAUAUCGUCAUGAAAGAUAGCUGUGCCUUUCCAUCAUGCGUUACUGUGUUGCCUCGUUCUCUAUUAGAAGAUAUGAUUUACAAGCUUCUAGUGCAUAUUUUCCCUUCAUCCAGCACAGAAAAUGAACUUAAAGAGGAAGAGUUUCCACCAGAUUAUGAUUCUGUGGAUGCAGCUUCAAAACUGACUGAUGAAAUUAUAGAAGAAAUUUCUGAACAUGAGAUCCGACUCGCUACAGCAGAGGAAAAUGCUGAAAGUAUACAGCUAGAAGCUAUUGAAAAUUUUACUGACUCUGUAUGCAAUAAUAUUUUGAAAAAUUCUGAAUUCCAAGCUGAAGUACAGAAAGAUGCAGACAAAAUCCAAGGAUCCUUUCUAAGUAAAAUAGCCAGCUUCAUUUUGAAGGAAAUAGUGAAUCAUCAUUUACAGCCAUUUUUAAAUGAUGAGGAAUCAUGUUCUAGUGACCUAUCUGACCAUGCAUCUGUACUUGCUAAAUCUGGUAAAGAAAAGACACAGCCUUCUCUAUAUUCAGCUACAUUUUUGGAAGAUGUAAUCGUUGACCUUGUUCACAAAUUUUGUGCUGACCCAACUAUUAUUGAAGAUUCUACGAAAGAAGAAAUGCCAGAGCCUGACAUAGUGGGCUUGGCUAUAAAAUUUGCAAACUCUUUGAUUGGAGAAUUUAGGAAAAGCGAAAUUAAAGUUUUACCACAUGCUGAAGAAAUAUUUCCCUUCCCUCCAAUUGAUAAAGGGGCAGUUGAUAAAAUAUCCAAUUUUGUAUAUGAUCAGUUCAUAGGAAAAUACUCAUCUGAUGACAUUCCAAAAAAUAAUAGUAACAUUGUUGUAGAAAUGAUUGCCACUUUAGCCCAGAAGGCAAUCUCUGCAUUUAAGAUUCAACCACUUUUUUCAGGAAAUUGGUCUUCUACCUUCUUUUCAUUUCUAGAUCCAGAUAACAUUACCCAAAGGGUUCAACAUUUACCACAAAAAACUACACAGAUAACUAGGUGCUUAAAAGGGAACCAACUUACUUUGCCAGAACAUUCGUAUGAACACAGUUCUCUAAGCUCAGUUCAGAAAAAUACAGUGGACACUUUGGAAAUAGAUAGAAAUUUGAUGAAUAGAACAAAAAGUAUCAAAACCAAGGACACAUCAAUGAGAAAAAUUGAUAUCCAAAAUCCAGUAGUUAAUUCUGUAACCACCGUUCUAAAAGGCAAUAUGAUUAACUUGAAGUCAGCAUCAGCUACAGGUGUGGCAAAUAAAAAGAAAGAGAGUAUAAAUAGAUUGAGAAUUCCUACACAAAAAUGCAGUGACAGUAUAUCAAAAGUUACUUCAACUACCAAUAUAAAAAAGAAAGGUACUCAAGAGUCGAAUUUCAAUAAGAUACUUAAAGAUAAUGGAAUUGAGAAAAGAAAAGUUGAGAAGGGAUAUGGGAAUGAAUUACACACACAUAUUUCAGUUGCAACUGAUAACACAGAAUAUGGAAAGAAAGGAAUCAAGCCAGAUAUUGAAAUAGAAAAUGUGAAGAAGAUCGAUAGUACAGAAGAAAGCUCAUUGAAAAAAGAUGGUGUGGCCUUUCAUUUAUCUUAUUUGAAGCCCAAGCAAAGAAAUAUAGGGACUACCACAGACAAAACUUUGGAAAGAUUACAAAAGCCAACCAAUGAGAAGAGGAGAGACUCUUCAGCUCAAAUAGAUAUGGAUGAGGAACAACAUUCAGAGUAUGAAUAUGUUGAAAAUGUCAUAGAAAACAUUUAUGACAAUGUUUUACCAAUACCUUCUCAAGAACCAGCACAUUUUUCAAAACACAGGUACAGCAAAAUCUCCCAAGGUGAUACAGCAUUGAAUGUGAUUAAAAAUGCUGACAAAGAUUUUGCACCAUCAUUUAUAACAAAGGAUUUAUCCCUCUCAAUAAACAAAAAUGUCCCUGCCAAAAUGAAAGAAGAGAAAGAGAGAGAAAAAGAAAAAAUAAGAGAGAAAGAGAUUAAAAGUGAAUCUAGUAAUCCAGACCAACCCCAGGACCUACCAGAAAGUAAACCUAGUAUUUUUCCUGCUACAUUUUUAGAAGAUGUUAUCACUGAAAUGGUUAACAAACUGAUAUUUUCAUCUUCACCAGAAACACAAGCAUGUGAUGAAUAUCCAAAUGUACAUGAUUAUAAAAAUCAAGUUGAACUGUAUGACACAGCUAUGAAACUUAUUGAUUCACUUUUAAAAGAGUUUUCAGAUGCUCACAUUAAGGUAUUUAGGCCCGAUAAAAAAAAUCCGUCUUUUCCGCCUGCCAGUAAAUUGUCUUCAGUUUCUAAUGCACCACCCAGUUAUAAAGAACCAACUACAGGUAAAGCAUCAUCCAGUAUUAAGAACAAAGCUACAGAAAAAAUGCCACAUACCCACAAACAAAUUUCUUCAGAUGAAAUGCCUUUCCUUGAUAAAAUGCUCUCAAUUGAUAAAAUGUUGGUCAAUAAAGUUGUCCAUUCUUCUAUUUGCAACAUUUUGAAGGAAUAUAAAUCUCAAGAUUCUAUUUGCAAGAAUAUAAAUAGUAAUGGGGAAGAUUUAGCUAAAAAGCUAACUAGUGCAGUGAUAAAUGAAAUUUUUCAGCAUCAGCUUAACUUGAAAACUUGUGAUGAUGUUCCAGUUUCAGCCUGUCUGCCUCUAGAAUCGAGAGAUGUUUGUAAAAAGGUCCAAAAGGUAGCCCAGACAGCCAGCAAGGAAUGUCAGACAUCAUCACCAUAUACCAUAAUACUAUCAUAUAAAUUUUUAGAGGAUGUGAUUGCUGCUCUCUUGUCAAAAAUUUUCUCAACUAUAUCCAUCACCAGCUCCAAAGUAAAAGCUUCUGAAGGCAGUAUACUCACAGAACUGGAUUUCCUUCAAAUGAAGUUACUAAAUACUGUUGCAACAGGAAUCUCCAAAAGUGAAGAUAUAAAUAUUCAAUAUGUAGAAACCUUACAUCCCAAUAAUGAUGAAAUUAUUCAAUUAAUAGUUCAGUCUAUAUAUAAUAAUCUUUUACCACAGUUUGGAUCCCAAGAGAUCAUACAAAAUUGUGUAAUUAGUGGAUGCAGAAUCCUUUCAGAAACUCUAGUUGAUUUAAUUAUACAAGAAAUAGCUGGCAAUCAGUUGCAGAAGUAUUUUUGCGGAGAGCUAAGUACAUAUCAGUAUGCAGAAGUUGAUAGUAUUGUUGAAAAUAUUCUUAAAGACGUUAUCCAAACUACUGGUGUCCCACCGCCUGAACCAUCACAAGUUAAGCUUUCAUAUAACAUUAUAGAAGAAAUUGCCGUAAAAUUUUUAUCAAAGCUUUUAUCAGUGUUUCCAAAAGUGCAAAAGGAAAGAACCACUCCUCGAGAAACUGAAGUGCAGAGAAUAAUAUCAAAAAUAUUAAACUCAAUACAAGAAUUUAUCUCCAAAAGCAAGAUUAAACUUGUACAACCAGCCAAGGAAUUCCCCACUGUACCUUUAGCUGACAAUGCAAGUAUUGAAAAAAUAGUUAACGCUGUUUAUACUAAUAUUUUAAACCACUCUGGCUCUUAUACUUCUAUAUUUAAAGACUUAAUGGGUAACAGCAAUGUUCUCUCUGAUAUAAUAGCUUUUUUAAUGGUGAGAGAAAUUUCCAAUUCUGAAUUUCAGCCUCAAAUAGAGGAAGAAGUGUCAAGUACAGAAUUAGUUCUGGAAGCUGUCAAAGUUAUGGAAAAAGUGAUCAAAAUUACUGAUGAAUUUAAGUUCCAGGACAAAUCUUCAUCUCAAAAAUUUUCUAUGUUAGAUGGAAAAUUUUUAGAAGAAAUACUGGCCUUAUUGUCAGCUAAACUGGUAAGGACACCAAGUGCCUCAAGCAAAGACACAAGCGACAUGUCAAAGCCUAAGUUAAAUAAAAUUGCAUCUCAACUGACAAAAUCUGUAACAGCUGAAAUUUCUAGAAGUAAUAUUAGUCUUAUAGCUGCCGAUCCUGGAAAACACUUUUCAAAUCCAGAAAAUACAGAAAUGGUUUCUCAGGUUGUUAAUUCUGUUUACAGUAAUGUGUUGCAAUAUUCUGGAACAAAUAAAGAAAUUUAUAAUGUAAAAGAUACAAAAAUACUACUCCCUGAUAAAGUGGCUAGUUUAAUCAUUGAUGAAGUUUUAAAUUUCCCACUAAGUACAGUUAGUACAAAAAGUACAAAUUCUGGUGUCUUCGGAGAUCUAGAUCUCAAUAGAAUUGUUGAAAAGGCUCAAGAACAUGCUGUUAAAAUGAUGCCUGACUUACACGAAGAGUCAGAUCAAUAUUUUUAUGAAGAAGAAUUUCCAAUUAAAAUAGUUCCACAUGUUGGGAAAAAACCAAUCAAAAUAGAUCCAAAUAUUGUUUCAGAACACUUAGCAGUCAUUUCUGUGAAAACACAACCACUUGAGAAAAUUAAGAUGGAAUGUAUAAAAAGAACAGGACAUAGCAUAGCAGAACUGAGAAAAGCAUCAUUAAAUGGGAGAAGUUACUCCUCCCUAGACUUAUAUACUUUAGGAAGCAAAAAGAAAGAAAGACGUAUCUCAUUGAAUAUGACAGGACGACUGGAUGUAAAACCCCUGGAGGCCGUUUGCAGAAAUUCAUUUCAGAAUAUAAGAAAACCUGAUAUCACCAAGGUAGAGCUUUUAAAAGAUGUUCACUGCAAAAGAGAUCUUAUCACUCGUUUAGUAGCUCACGAUAUUGAUCAUGGAGAUUCAGAAAGUACCAUAGGAGACGUCAUUUCUGAUGAAGAUGAAAUUGUUUUAGGAGAGGUUAUUGGACAAGAAGAAUGCAUACGUGAACUAAGUGAAUGUCAAGUGAAAGAAGUCAUGAAGACGCCAGCAAGCAAAGCGGCUUCUCCCAAAACAACAGUAAGCACAGGCAGCCUGAAAAGGUUUUUAGCACUCAGCAAAUGCUGUCAGCCUACAUACAGUGCAAACAUAGAAAGUAUUGAAGCCAUCUCAAAUCUGAGAAUAGAAUCUAAUGAGACACAAGUUAAAAGAGCUGUUGCUAAGCUUGACAUGGCCACAACAAAAAUCUUGACUGAAACAAACACUUCUAGGGAGAAAAAGUUACAAUGUAAGAAGGAAGAAAGGGUUCUUGUUGCCGAACCAACACAUUACUUACUACAUAGAAUUAUGAGUUCAUCUUCAUACAACCAAGAAGAUUUCAUUUCAACUGUCAGUGAGACUGAAGAUUAUAACCCAGAUCCCAGUGCUACAAUAUUAGAAGAAAGUUGUCGGGAACAAAAGCCAGAGAAUGCAAGCAGUGUUAAGUUCAUUACCAUCUUCGAAGGAACCAAUGAUGUUAUUGGCAAUAUGUAUUCCUCAAAGGAAGCCAUUUCAGAAACUCCCAAACCCAAUGUUUCCAAACAAGGAUCUAAUAUGUUGGCAAAAGUAUCUUCAGUUCUUUCAAAGGUGUUUUCCCGACCUAACACUGACAUUUCUAAAUCUUCCUCACCAUCUAACCAGAACAAGUAA